AUGAGUUACUAACAAGAAAAUUUUCAUUUGGUCAGAGGUAAGCUUUUGGCAGUUAUGACUGUAUAAUUUGCAGAGAGCUAGAGCGAAGAUAUAGAAAUAUAUUAAAAUGAUGAUCCCAGGAAGCUCGCAGAAGAAUUUAUUCAAAAGAACCAAUUUGAUGAAUCUAUUUUAGAAAUUAUUGUUGAGAAUAUCAAUAUUAAUAAAAAUUUAGCUAUGGAGGAAUAUAACAAAAACCCAGAUAACUUUAAAGUAUAAAAGGAUUCAGAUUUCAACAACUGCGAUUAAGGCGAAGAACAUCAGGCUUAAUAAAAACCUAAUGAAAAAUAGAAUGAUGCCAUUAAAAAUAUAUAAAAUGAUAGUUUUAUUUAGUAAAAACUAAUCAAUCAGCAAAAUAAUUAUAAUAUUUAAAAUAAAGAAAACUCAGAUGAUUCUCACAAUCAUUUCAUAGAAUCCUUUCAAAAUUAAGAAGACUUCAAGGGCGUUAAUAAUUUAUAAUAAAAAGAGGAUGAUGAUUAUUAAGCAUAUCAAUAUAAUUUAAUGAUGACUUAAAAAGCUGAAUAGUUUUUAUAGUAGAAGAAUAGUUUUUAAUGGUAGUAAAAUGAUUUUAAGAAGUAGAAAAGCGAUUUUUAGUCGUAGAAGAACUAAGACUUUCAAUAAAAUAACCAAGUAAGAGUAAUUGAUAACAAUGACUUCUCUAGCUCUCCAGCAAACAAAUUACAGCUUAUUAGAAAUUAAUUUAAAAAGAAUAAAGUUUCAGAUAAAAACCAAAGUACAAGUUAAUCUCCAAAUACUUCUUUUUAGAAGUAAAAGAUGCAGAGUGAUAGAGCGUUAUUUGAAUAAAGCUAGAAAGAAAAUACUGCUAAGACAUGCUUUAGUUAGAAAGAUGAUAUUUAUAACUCACCCUAAAUAAUAGAUGCUAAUUUAACUUCAAAGAAAAAGCUUAUGACAUAAUCCAGUCGCUCUAAGUCGCCUAAUUAUCUUGCUUCAAGUUUAAGCACAAGUGCUUCAAUUAAAAAUAAAGAUGUUGGAUAUAUUGAAAAGAUUAUUUAAAAAAACUAUUAAAAUUAAUUUUAAAAUAUCUUUGAAUAAAGCAACAAUUAUAACACAAAAUCUACCAGCACUUAUAGAAUUCUUCAUAAUACAGAAAAUGACCCUAAACCGUUUUAGCCUUAAAUUAGUAAAAGAAGCUAAUAAAUUGCCAUGGAAAAGAAUAAAGAUACAUCUCCAGCAUUUAUAAGACUACAUAAUUAAAAAAUUAAAACUUUCAUAAUACAAGCAGAGCCUCCUUAAAAUGAAAAUUUUGAGCAGACAAAACAAAAUUUGAACAAAGAAAAAGCUUCAGAUAAAUCAAACACAACAUCUAAAAAGCUAAGCUAAUUAGAAAUUAUGGAAAUGAGCGAAAGAAUGCACUUAUAAGCAAAAAGGCAUGAAGACAAACUUAAAUAAUUAAAGCUAUUUUAUGAAAAAAUGGAAAAAGAGUAGCUGCAAUAAGAUUUUGGAAAGCUUUACAUUGCAAAGAAAUCUAAAUCACCUUAAAAAAAAUCUCAUGGAAUCAUCCAAAAAGAAAAAUAAAGUUAAAAAGAAGAUAAAAGAACAGCAGAUUGGAAUUAAAUGAAAUAAAAUGAAAAUAAUAUUUAGCAAUUCUACUAUAAAUCCAGAACACCUGAAAGAUUAAAAAUUCAAUAAAAUUUAAAUGUUAGGAAAAGCUCUUAAAGUCCUAUUCCUUCUAACAAAUCAAAAACAUAAAUAUUAACUCCUAAGCAACAAAAUAAAAUAUGUUACAGUCCUAACAAAACAAAAUAAAAUAAUACCUACUAACCUUAGUAGAUGUAGAUGCUAUUAAGUAGUGAUAAUUUUUACAAUAGUAGAAGUCCAAAUAAAAAUUAAGGCAAAGGGCAUGAACACCUAGCUUAUAGAAGUGAUGAUUAAGUUAAGAUGUCACACAUGACAAUCCAUACCUUGAAAAUAGAUAGCCUGAGAAAACAAAAGAGGAUAAACGAUAUUUUUACUGUGCUAGACUCUGAUGCAGAUGGAUUUAUUUCAUCUAAUAAAAUUAACGUAACUGCUCUUCCUCCUCCUCUUCUUAAAAUAAUAUCUCCCAUUCUAUAUGAAAUGGAGGAAUAUAAUUUCAAUCUCAGCUACGAGGACUUUAUUGGCUCAAUUUAGCUGCUAGAAAAAGUAAUUAAUUUUUAAUCAUUUUCAAAUUAAAUAAGUUAAAACUUAAUUUUUUAUUAGACAUUAAGUGAUAAAUAACUUGAAAUACUUUAUUAUUAAACUGAUGAUUCAACCAAAUAUAAAUUCUACAAAUAAAAGCAACUAACAAACAUAGUAAAUUAAUUUCAAAAAAUUUUAAUAAGUAAAUGA